AUGAUAGGAUAUUUUUUCAUUUAUUUUCAAGUUCUCAUGACAAUUGAUUAUAAUUUAAAAAUUAAAUUACCGAAAAGUAAAAUAAUCAAUGAAAAAAGUAUAUUUAAUUGUUUCAAAAAUUGUGGUCAGAUUUAUAGUAUCUAUAUCCAAAAGCAAAAACAAUUUUCAACUAUAACUGUGUUCAUUUGUUUCACUGAUCAACAAAGUACUGAAAAUGCAAUUUCUCUUGCUGAAGAAAAUAAGUGGGAUGUAAUUCGUGCAGUUGAUAUACAAAAAAGAGGAGGUGAUAAUGAAACACCAAAAGAAGUGUCUUUACAAAAAAUAGACAAACCUCAAAGAGACGAAGACGUAUUGAUGAAUGAAUUAUGUAGUAAUAUUUAUAAUUAUCUAGUUGAUUUUUAUAAUAGUAGUCAAAUUAGAAAGAUAAUUUCUUCUUUAAAGGAUACCCAUUCCUUUUCUUCACUUCAACACUUAUUUAAAGAAAAUCAUUUGGCGUUUGAUAAAGUUAUCCAACAGAUAUUUUUUGAUAACUUCAUUUUUCUCAGAAAAAAAAAAGAACAGAAAAGAAAUUAA